AUGGGUGACGACGGACGACUAGAGGAUCUGAGAAGCAAGAUCAUACUGUCUUUAGGUGCAGAAACUGAUGACCAGGGUCGCCGUGCACCGGAAUCGACUGAACCGGCAAGGAAAAGAAUGAGGUCGGAGCUGCCGUCGCGAUCAGACCCGGGCUCUGCACAGAGUGGGCAUAACCCCUUUGUCAGAGAGGCGAAAACACCUGCGCAGGACCAGAUGAGUGGUUUCAGAUAUGAAAAGAACAGGUACGAUCAACCGCAAAGGGCGACAACUUUGCCGAGAGGUGCCAUGAGAAGGUACAACUUCAAUAGCGGUGGUGGCGAUGCUACUACGGGUGGGAACAGGAACUAUGCAGGCCACCAGCCUAGUAGAUUUGAUGGGAGAACGAACGUUUACGGUGGCACAGGCCAAUAUUCAAACGCACAGACGCCGUCCGUGUCCCGCUACAGGACGAGAGAUCCGCAAAAUGAUGGUCGUAAUCCUGCGAGGGGUCACCCACCAAAUUAUAUUCCACCGGCGUUCAGAGACGUUAAGAGAUACCGAAAUGUCACAACGUCUGCUGUAAACAACAAAAUCAUCGUUAGGGGACCCGUCACCCAAGAUAUAUCUUCUCAACUGAGGGGGCUUGUUUCCGAAUUGGUAGGACAAAUUGUCCCCAGAGAUGGUGACGAACCUGUAGAAAUAGUAAGUUGGGAGAGAUUCGAUACGCAUAUUGUGGUUGAGUUCAAUUACUACCGAGCGGUGGCCUUUGUAUUGAGCUGCCUGCCCUACUUAAAGGAAAAAAUGGCUGGAGAACGGCCAUUGGAGUGGAUGCACCCGAAUUCGUACAUCGAACUGGUCGACCACAUAGACGGCAUAUGCGGCGCAAAUGCCGUGGCAAUACACUUAAUAGAGGACAAGAAGGAUCUGGAAGAAGGCGAGAUUGCGGAUUUCAUCAAAUCGAACCAUUUGAGUUGCACCCCGAUCUACACCAACAAAAACAAAGAGGUUUUCACUGGUUGCGCUAUAGUCACCUCGGAGAACUACAUGGAUGAUAGAAUGCUCCAGUCGUUGCAUCUGACAUUUUCAAGACCAAACAGGAGCCCGCUAGGGUUGACGCAGGAGACGAAACGUCUGUUGUUCUCGAACAUAUCGGAGCUUGCCAGUGCUCCUCGACCACGGAACGUGGAACCUUCUCGGACAAUCCUGCUGCUGAACUGCGCGGACCCAAUGGAUCUUAAAGACGCGGACGUUGCCGCGGGUAUAAAGCAGGAAAUAAGCGAACUCAUCCCGGAUGCAGAAGAACUGGAGGUUGUGCUCCCGAAUUUGGACUACAGAAUGACCGUGAAACAUAUCAAAGAACAUGUCGGGAACGUCUACGUCAGGUGCCCAACCGUAGCUCGUGCCCAAGAGACGAUGGACAAACUGUCGGGCACAAAAAUAAGAGGCAGAUCCAUCCUCUGCGCGUCGAUCGACGACGUGGACUGGAACACGAGGGGACUCCUAGUGGAGGAUCCCCAGCUGUGA